CAAGCAGAAACAAAAAACCAAAGAAGAAGAGGAACAUCUGAUAUUAUCUUUCUAAUGACAGCAUACUCUCUCAGCAAUCUACACGAGGUGAAAUAGUAGAGUGAACAUCAUGUAUUUUGUUUACUCGUGCCAGAGGUUCAAUCUUGUUAACUCCACUUGGUGAAAUAGUGGAGUGAACUUUGCCAGAGGUUCAACAUUGUGUACUUUGUGAUGUCUUGGAGACUUGGAGUGAACAUCAUCUACUUUUCUUUGUUUACUUUUGAGAUUUUGUUGUGGGAGUUUCGGUGCCUAUUUUCCAAACCACAUGGGGUUUAGAGCUAUUAGGCCCCGAAAAUUAGGUACAGCCAAUAUAAAUAUAAUAUAUGGAGUAGUAUAGUUAAUUAAAAACAGUCAGAUUUACGGGUUUUCUCUUCCUCUCUCCUUUCUUUCACCCAAAAACAUGCUUAAAAAUCUAGGCUAAUCUCCAAGCUCCUUCAAUAGCAAUGGAAGCUCUGCACUGCUCCUUCGUCUACUCCAUUCCAUUAAAACCCCCAUCACGGAGCUCCUUCAAGAACCCAAAAUUCAAACGACCCAAACUUUCAUGCUCCCUCAGGCCCGACCCGUGGACCCUUAGCGACGGCAACGACAAGAACCUCAACAAGCCGAAACCCAGGCACAAGAAUCCCAAAAACCCACUGUCGGACGACAACGCGCGCCGCAUAAUCAAAGGCAAGGCCCGAUACUUAAGCGCCUUGAGGCGCAACCUGGGAUCACAAGUUCAGACCCCUAAGUGGAUCAAGAGGACGCCGGAGCAGAUGCUGCAGUACUUAGAGGACGACAGGAAUGGUCGCUUGUACGGAAAACACGUAAUAGCGGCAAUCAAUGUUGUUCGGAGCCUUUCCUCAAAGCCUCAAGGGUCGUAUGACAUGAGGAAAGUGAUGGGUUCUUUUGUUGCAAAGUUUACUUUCAGAGAGAUGUGCAUUGUGCUGAAAGAGCAAAAGGGUUGGAGACAAGUCAGAGACUUCUUCUCGUGGAUGAAAAUGCAGGCGACAUGUCAAAAGCAGAGAAUCUUCUUGAGUUGUUAAUGAAGCUAGGUUGCAAGCCUGAGGAAUCUGCUACUGCACAUAUGAUAUAUUUGUGUGGAAAGCAACAUAAGUUGAGACAGGCUGAAAAAAUCUUUGCAGCAGUAGCAGACUCCACACGGAAUUUAACACUUCUAUAUGAUUCAAUGAUUGAUGCGUAUACCAGAUGUAACGAACAACAUGAAGCAUAUUUGUUUUAUAAGGAAGAGUUUAAGAAAGGGCAUGCUAUGAGUCCUGUUGCCACUAGCAUGCUCGUGAAUGCGUUGACUAAUUACGCCAAAUAUAAGGAAGCAGAGGAUGUCAUACAUAGUACUUUUGAUGCCAAUUUUGAGCUUGACACUGUGGCGUAUAAUACAUUUAUCAAGGCAAUGCUAUUGGCAGGCAAGUUACACUCUGCAGUCAGCAUUUAUGAUCGCAUGGUUUCAUUGAAGAUUAAUCCUUCAAUUCAGACAUAUAGCACUAUGAUCAGUGUGUAUGGACGAGGUAGAAACCUGGAUAAAGCGGUGGAGAUGUUUAACAUCGCUCGGAGCAGGGGAGUACCUCUCGAUGAAAAGGCCUAUACCAAUAUGAUAAGCUACUAUGGAAAGGCUCGGAAAGUUCAUGAAGCAUCUACUCUGUUUAGCAAAAUGCAGGAAGAAGGGAUAAAACCUGGUCAUUUGUGCUACAGCAUUAUGAUAAAUGCAUAUGCUUUUGCUGGAUCUUAUCAUGAAGCAGAAGAAGUUUACCAUAGCAUGCGGAGAGAUGGUUUUCAACCCAACUCAACUACUUACCUUGCACUUACCCGAGCAUACUCGGUGGGAUCAGCAUUCAACAAGGCAGAAAAGGCUAUUGCUUCAAUGCAAAAAGAAGGAAUUGCCCUUUCUUGCGCUCAUUUCAAUGUCUUGCUAACUGUGCUUGCCAAAGAGGGGCUUGUCGAGGAAUGCGAAAGGAUUUUUGGUGAGCUUGGAAAAGCUGGGUUACAACCCAAUGUUCAGUGCAACCGCAGUAUGCUCAGAGGUUACAUGGAAAGUGGCCGUGUAGAGGAAGGCAUAUCCUUUUUUGAGAGAAUAAGAGGGUCCGUUGAGACAGAUAAGUUCAUUAUGAGUGUGGCUCUCCAUUUGUACAGGUCAGUAGGCAUGGAACUCAAGGCACGAGAAGUUUUGAGGUCUAUGACCUGUUUGGGGAUUCAAGUGCUGAAAAAUCUUGAAGUUGGAGCCAAAUCAAGACAUCUUCUAGCCCCUACAAAACGCAUGCGUUGCUUUUCGAGGGCAAGUUCCCUCGGAGGAUGAUUUUUGAUGUCGGUGGUCAUGAUUUUGAAAUCCUCUUGCACCAGGCGUUGCUUUUCGAGGGCAAGUUGCGCCUCUUUUUCUUUGCGUCUUUGCUCAAGCUUCUCCGCUCUGGCCUUUUCUUUAACCCGAGGUUCUGGAAUUGUUGCCACUGCAUUUGUUGCCAUUCUUGAAAUUGUUGCAUUUGGAAAGAUGUCUCGGCCCUUCGGAGUAAGCUGCAAAUGAAGGAAAUGGACAGUUGGAGGAAGACAUCGGUGGUUGGAAUGGAUCCAUUACACUCAAAUAUAUAAAAAUUCUUUAACAAAAAUAGCACCAUAAC